AUGGCGGCCGCCGCGGUUUUAGGUGUGCUUUUUGCACUAACAGCAGUGAUGUUCAAUUUCUCCAUUCACAAAAUAGAUGAAGGUAAGAAUAAACAUUGUUCCACUUGUUUGGAUGUAAUUGGAUUUGUUUGUUUUUAUUUUGCAAGAAAUAAUUCUGCAACGAUAAACUUGUAAAGCGUUGCCACAAUUCACGCAAACUUAAAAAACGAAAGGUCUGACUGAAAACUGUGUUUUUCUCUUUAAAGAGAUUCUGUUACUAACUUAAGCCUUUUUCUUAAGGUUUUCUUAGGUUUCAGAAAUGUCAAGUGAUUUACACGUUUAACAUUAUUUCUUGCAAGAUGUUAGCUAGCCCCGACCUAAACUAAAAACUGGGCUAUUGCAUUUAAUAUAUCCUUGGCCCCCUGGUUAAGGAACUACGUUUUCUUCUAACGCCUGAAGAUCAAAUAAAAUUGCAUCCACCCUUGAAGACUUCCAUAAAAUAUGGGUCCUACCCCUGAAGAAUUUCGUGAAAAUUAAAGCUUCACCCUCAAAGAAUUUCAUAUUUUUUUUACUUUACCAUAUAAAGUAAUCCUCAUUUUUUUUUUUACCUUACCCUGGAAUAAUUCCAUGGUCCCUCGGGAGGUACGGGUAUUAAAUGUAUUGGCCCAUUUCAGGGGGUAUGAUAUAGGCCUUGAAGCAGCGACCUAAGUCUAGAUGAAAUGGUGACAGAUGAGAUAAAGAUGAGUCAAAUACUGUCGGGGGCGGGGGGGAGGUGGGGACAAUACAGGGCCUAUUAUUUGAAAUUCAGACCUGGGAAAGACUCCCCCCUCCCCCCAAGAGGGUCUCCAUUAUGGACAGGUGAAAAUGAAGUGUUUAAACAGGUGGAUUAACCAACAGUAGGAUAAUUUGCAUAAUUUUGAUAUGCUAUAGUGCUAAAUCCAACAGAUGCAUUUUCAUUAGAGGAAUCCACUACUAUUAGUGGAUUCCUCUAAUGAAAAUGCAUCUGUUGGAUUUAGCACUAUAGCAUAUCAAAAUUAUGCAAAAUUAUGCUUGCUAAAAGUUACUAUUUUUUAUAAACUUCAUUGAUUUUGGGUAACCACGCACAAAAAGGGAAUGAAUACAUAAGUAAUGUAAAAGAAAAAAAGAACAUUUCAAAAAAUUAAAGUCUAUCAUACUUGUAUACAAUGAAAAGUGCACCGUCAGAAAGAGCUGCCUCUAACAAGUUAAUUUUAGAAUUAAUAAACACAGAUCUAGAGUUGCACAAAAAUAAAAUGUUUGGAUCACUGCAUAUUCCGGUGUGCAGAAAAAGGUAUUCAUUUGUUAUUUGUGUACUAAUAUUCAAUUUCUGCAAAAAAAACCUAACACUUUCAUCUUUUACUUGAAGGGCAUGUAGGAGUUUACUAUAGGGUAAGUACUUAAACAACUUGCCUCGUUGUUCAAAAAUUGGAUAGUGCUAUCCACCGGAUAAAUCGCUUUCCAGCAGAUAUAAUUAGUAUGAAGACCAACUGCAUUAUCCAGUGGAUAGCGCUAUCCACCGUUUGAACAACGGGAGCCUUGUGAGUAAAACAAUAAUAUUAUGUCCUUUAAAUGGAGCUGUAAUUAAGACUUGUUCACUGCAAAAAUUUGCCCAUUUCUGAUGAAAUCCUAUCUUUCUGUGGGUGGAUGUGAUGAAUGUACAAAUCAAAUAUUUUCAAGACUUUUACUUUGUAGCCAAAGAUUUGAAUAGUAUUUAAAAGGUAAAAGACAGCACAUAUAAACUAAUGUGCGACAAUAUUAUUUUCUGGUUUUUAAUGACUUACUGCAUGUGGUACAACAAAAGUUAUUGUUAUGCCUUGCAACAGUUUCAGUCAUUGAAUGAGAAGUCACAGUAACUAUUGAAGAAGGAAGAUCAAGAUGUUUACUUUAAUUUAAUUCACUUUAUGCUACAGUUGAACCUCUCUGCAACGGCCACCUUGGGGACAGAAGAAAGUGGCCAUUGUAGAGAGGUUGAAACAAGAGUGAAUGUAUGGACUGUCCGGCAAAAAAAAUUGCCGUUGUAAAGAGGUGGCCAUUAGUAGAGGUUUGACUGUAUAAGAUUUUUUGGUGUACAGGGUUACAAAAAACUUAUUACCAGUCGUUCCGGGCUAGCUUUAAGUGAGAUAGAUUUUCCUGUAGGGCAACUAGAUACAAAUCUGAACAUAAAAACAAUGUUUUAAGAGAUACAUGUAUGACAUGCGAAAUACAGCAACACUUAAAAGACUUAAUGUUUUAUAUCUUGCGUCAUUCCAGGGUGGUGCCUUGCUUUCUUCGACCAGUGGGCCAGGUUAUCAUAUCAUGAUUCCAUUUCUCACAUCAUACCGAUCAGUUCAAACUACAUUACAAACUGAUGAAGUUAAGAAUGUUCCGUGUGGAACAAGGUGGGUAACGUGGGUAAAAUCUUUUUGCCAGGUUGAACAGUGUCUAACCUACUUUGAUGUAGAAUUUUCUUUGUAUCCUAACUCUAAUUAUUUGUAGAAGACAAAGGAAAUUAACGUUUAACCUGAGAAUGGGUGUAACUUGCAGCAGAAAUACAUGUAGAGUCAAGUACACGAAAUGAGGUGGUUUGACCUGGGCCAUGAAUCCUGUUGUUGGUACUGUACUUUAUAAGUUGUAUUAAGAUGGAAUACACCGGGAAAGUGAGCAUUUUCCUUGUACCAGCAUAUAAACAAUAUUGCAUGCUUUGUUUACACUUUUCAAGGGCUAUAUAUGUUACUAAUUAGUUAUUUGGAAUAACACCAAAGACAACUUCUCAUGGGAGCCCGAGAAAAUGAAUGUCAAAUUUCACAAGAAUCGUAAAAACACAGUUAAACUGAAAAUUUCAUGUGUAAGAUGUCAUUUUGUGAAACUGACAUUUUUCUCAGGCUCCAAUGAGAAAAGAAUGCAAUAUGCGUUAAAUUAUUCUGGUACAAGGUUUUUGUUCACUGAAAAUUAGAAUUACUUAAUUUCCUGAUGGAUUCCGUCUUAAUACUUCACAAUCUUUCCUUUCUCUCCAGUGGUGGUGUUGUUAUUUACUUUGAUCGCAUUGAAGUUGUUAAUAUUUUGGAUUCUUCUUCAGGUAAGGUAAAUCUGAUGAAAUACUACCACAUGUCCAUGCUUAACUGUUUCUUUCUUCCUCACAGUUGAGCAGCAACUUUUAACUCGAAUUAUUAUUUAAAAAUAUGAUAAUAUUCAAAGGUUAACUUUUGAGAAGGGUGGCAAAGUUAGCUGUGUUUAGCCCAGUUUUUUUCUAGUCAAGUCUGAUUCAAAAUACAUAAGUAGACAAUGUUGGCACUUGUCCUCACAAAUAAUAAUUAUUCAAAAUCAAACAAGUAAUAAACAUAUGAAACCAAAAAUAUAAUGAUGACUGAAGUCUUCAUUAUUGGUUUACAGUCAAAUAAACCACUAUUAAUUGUACUUGCAAUACGAUACUUUGUAAACUUUGAAAGCAGCAUGUGUUGUACAGAAAAUACAGUGUAUAUUUAACAUAAAGCAAUGCAAAAUGAUCACCAGAUACAAACAAACAAACAAGGACCUUGCAUUCAAUGUAGAAAUCUAAUAAUAAUUAGUUGGCUCCAGGGCUGUCAUCAAGUUUUGCAAGCAGCCAUAGCAAAGGAAGAUUCACCCGUAACAUCUCAUAAAAAAUUAUUGUGCCACCUUUAGCUUUCCACUUGGAUCACCUGUAACAUCAAGUGAGUUCAGCCGUAACAGGUGUUGUGGAUUACCGUCCUUAAUGACACCUCUGGGCUCUCUGAAAUGAUUGGGUUUAACAUAAUAUUAUUAUAGAAACUGUCCUUUUACAUGUGUAAUUCUUUUGAAAAUUACUGUGUAUAUAUUUCUCAGUGUUGCCAAAAGUAGCCGGCUGCCAGCCAAAAUCGCCACUUACUUGGUUAGUAUCGGCUGGGUACUCUGCUUGGCAUUUCUUUACAGAUAGUGUUUUUUAAAUAAAAUACGCCUGGACUGGCCGCUUACUUUGACAACUCAGCCAUCUACUUCAAAACUUUCUGACAACCCUGAUUUCUUAGCAGUUUUCCAUCCGUUUUGCAGUGUUUGACAUUGUGAAAAAUUACACAGCUGACUAUGAUAAAGCUUUGAUUUUUAACAAGAUACAUCAUGAACUUAAUCAGGUAUGUUUUUUAAAAUGCCUUGCCAUAUUGUUGUUGUGGACUUUUACCAUGAUGUGGAUUGAAUAAUUUCAUUUUAUCUUUUUGACUCAAUAAAUCGUCUUAAAAGUAUAGAUUCAUGGACAGCUUAUAAAUGACAAAAAUGUUACAAGUCAGGAUGAAGUUCAGGUUAAUUUUUUUUAACCUGGGUUGAUUCUCAAUUUCCUUUGUCUCCUAGCCCUAACUGAAUAAUAAUGGUUUUACUUAGGAGACAAGGGAAAUAGAGAAUCAACCCAGGUUAAAAAAAUUUUAACCUGAAUUCAUUUUGACCUGUAACAUUUUAUUAUUUACAGUAAUAAAUUAUUAUAGAGCAAAAGAACAUCAGAUUAAUCCUUUAACUGCCCUGAACCACAUUGAUAUAUGAAUACAAACUGAAUGUGAAAAAAACCCUGCCAUUUCUUUGAAAAAGAAAGAAGUAGAAAAUACAUGCAGGAAUAUGAACCAGAAGAUAAAAGAAAAGUGCUUUUAUUGUCAAUCUUGCGGAGCAAAACUCCCAAACCACAACAUUUCUUGGCGCCUUUGUUGCAUUUUACAUUUUUUGUUGUAUCUAGUUAGUUUUAUCAUUUAAUUUUUCUGUAAUUUUAGUAUAUUUCUGCUUCUCUAAUGGAAGUAACCCUACACUUAUAUUGUAAGAAGUAUACACGUAUCAAUGCUUAAACACUUGGUAUAGUUCUUUGUGAUGUCUUCCGGUGUGUUUAUCCAUUUGAAAACCGACUUGUUUGUGUAUUCUUCCAUUUUAUAGUUUUGCAGUGCACACACCCUUCAAGAAGUCUACAUUGACCUAUUUGGUGGGUAUUUUCAGGAUUAAUGCAUCUAGAAUUGUACAUAUAAGUUUUAUUGAUAAAUGUUUUCAACUAAUGUUUUGUAGUCAAAAAAUCUUGAGAACUUCAAAAAUGUUGGAGACAAAAUUGAAUCAUUAUUAUUGUAGUGAUAAUAAUUUUAGUAAUAAAUUCAGAAAAUAAUUUCAUUUUUGACUUGAUUAAGACAUGAUUCAGGGUUGAAACAUCACCACAAAUUUUCUUUCUCACUUUUUUGUAGUACUGCGCUUUUUGUUUAGUGAACUGUAGCAUCAUGGCUAACUUUGCUGUAUUUCAUUUAAAAGAUCAAAUUGAUGAAAACCUGAAGACUGCCCUUCAGUUAGAUUUGCUUGGAAUGGCUCCAGGCCUGAGAGUUCAGGUGAGAUGCCAGUUAUUAAUAUAUUUUACUGUCCAUUUUGAGAUUCCUCUGAUGUCAAAAAUACAUAUGUAUGUGCUGUGAAUUGUAAUUAACAAUUAUUCCACAAGUGUGCGUUGGAUAUGAGAUGGUGAGUUGGCUAUAAUCAUCUCAAAUCCAACAAGCGCGAGUGGAAUAAUUGUUUUAUUAAAAUGCCCACAAAAUAUUGAGAAUUCUUCCCGACUUUAUUUGUAAAAACAACCUAUUAUCAGCUUGUUUUUGAAUUUGAGCAGACGCGCACAGUUACCAUGUUUGCAGAGGAUGGUAUGAUGGCUUUUAUUACAGUGGAACCCCAUUAAUGCGACCACCGUUGGGCCAUAAAAUCCUGGUCGUAAUAACGAGGUGGUCGCAUUAACGGGGUCUUCAAAAUAAUAAAAUGACUCAAUGCUUUUUACGUUUGGUUUGAAAGAAUAUGGCCGUAAUAACGAGGUGGUCUUAUAAACGGAGUGGUCGUAAGGCGGGGUUCCAUUGUAUUCAUUCAAAAUAUUUUCCCAAUUCUGAUUGGCUAAAAGAACAUGCAUAAUUCACCAUAACCAGUUACUGAUGACAAAAUUUGGAAGAAUUUUGUGUUUAACGAGGAAAUGACAUCAAAAAUGCAGCCUUCUACAGGUUAAUGCACCUUUAACUGAGAAGACCUGGGGAUGAGGUUGAGUUGUUUUUGAUGUGAAACUAAAAUGGUGGACACUUCACUCGUUUCAAGAGUAAGAACUACUGCUGGAACUAGGCAAAAUAAUGGCUAAAAACAUAGCAAAAACAGCAAGAAGACAACUCGGAGGGCGACAUCUGCUAUUUGGAGAAUAUUUGCGGAGCUGGACAAACCUAAAUGUACACUAUCGAAGAUAAACUUAACAUUGAUGCAGGUAAGCAUGUUUUACCUAUGUCUUUAAACUAGGAAUUAUUUUGAAUGAAUAAUAAAGCAAUUAAUGAAUUCGGCUUUGGUAGGAUAUGAAGAAUGAAGCAGGUCUCAGAGGGUGUUAUCCACCUCGGCCUUCGACCUCUGUGGAUAAAAACCUCCUCGAUCUGCUUAAUUCUUCAUAUCCUACUCAGCCUCAUUCAUUAAUUGCUAAAUAUACCAUGAUGAAUAAGCCCAUGCAAGCUCUAGGAUGUCAUUAUCCAAUGAUUCAGUUUUUAAUAAUAUGGUUUAUGACUUGCACACAGGCUGUGAGAGUGACCAAACCCAAGAUACCUGAGAGUAUCAGGCGUAACUAUGAAGCAAUGUAAGUGUGAUCUGAUGGCAUCUUCAUGCGAUGAAAUAAAGUUAUUUAAAUUAAAGAUGUCUUUUCAGGUGUCCAAAAGAACAGUGAUUUUGUUGUUACCUUUGUAUCCUGUGUCAUUGGUGCAUAAAAAUCCCCAAAGACAUGAAAUAAUUUGUGUCAUGUAUCCCGUAGGAUGCAAAGAUUGAUUGAUCUAAAGAUGUUUUUUGUAGAAUAUCCUGUUUGUGUAAUUUUUGUGGUUGUUCUUGUGGCUGUUGUUAAAUGAUGCUUAUUUCUUUAGUCUUUGUUGUGCUUUACAAUUAUAUAGAAGGAGUAUAUUUUUAUUUCAGUAAACUGCAAUAAUAUAUCGUUUUCACUGUCACGCAACAAAAAAAAUAAAUUGGAAACCGUCCAGUGGAAGGAGCCAAGAAAAUGACAUGUUAUAAAAGACUAAUACAUGAACAAUUUGUCCACGUCUCAGGUCUUUGUGGCCCACAGUUUCUGAGUUAUUUGCGGAAACGUUUCAAACACCUGUGUAGAGCUUUCAUUUGGAGACGCCAUAUUGGAGUUCCGUUUGGGUGCACCAAUAUGGCCGCUGGAAAUAAAAACAUCUGGAGUUCACUUUUUCUAUAAAAGCUCUUUCUUUUCACACGAGAACUAGCAUACGUGUGCACAAACAUACCUUCUAAUACUUGAAAUGGUUGUACUGCUGAAAAUCAAGAGGAGAGACUUUUUUUCUACGAGACAGCCUUCCUAUCAGUCGGUGUCACGCACUGUAAAAACUCGGAAGUUUAAAUUGCUGUAUUUUCGAAGUGAAACAUGCCACGGGAAUGGAAACUUGUACAAAGAUUUACUUUUUGUUUAUUCGUAAAACCUCGCUAUUUUGACUUUACAAUUUGAUGACAUCACUGUGAAAUCCAUCAAUACAGAGUUUUGGAGUCUGUUCUCAGAUUAACUGUGUGGUUACAAUAGACCUAGGGACUCAUUGAUAUUUGAACUGGGACUCAGCGGUUCUGGACUGGGACUCCUGAUUUUCCACAAGAUGAGUCCCAGAACUCACCAUAACUAUUUGUAACAAAAUCACUGAAAGAAUCUCUUACACUGUACAAUAAAUGCAUGUGAAUGUAAUGACUGUAAUUUCUCAAUUUGCUUUGUCUCCUAGCCUUAGAUAUUCGUGAAUUAGGGCCUGUUAGGAGAUAAAGGGGAAUUGAGAAUCAACCUGGGUUAAAAAAUUUAUCUCUGACCUGUAACAAGACUUAACAGGUGAAAAUAUACAAAAACGUUAUGCGUGGCAAUUUGUACAGCAAAAGUGGUUUGUUUUUUCCAAGAUUGAAUUUGAAUUACGGUUCAUCAAAUUCUGUAUGUGGGAUGAGUAACGUUUUACUGUUCAGGUACUAUUUUGGAUAUAUGAACAGAUAAAGCCACGUGUACCUCAAUGCUGGUAAAAAAUAAUGUAUGAACUACAUGUACAUGUACCAGCUGGAAAUUAUUUUUCUUUCUUCAAAGGGAAGGUGAAAAAACAAAACUGUUGAUUGCCCAGCAGAAGCAAAAAGUGGUUGAGAAGGAAGCGGAGACAGAGCGAAAGAAGGCGGUUAUUGGUAGGAGUCCUUACCUACUAAAUUUUUUAAACAAACUGUAGUAAAUUUGGGUUUAAACUCUGGCCUUCUAAAUCAUUUUCAAAUAGACUAUCAUUAUCAAAUACUGGACACAAAUUGGAGACCAGAUUUUUUACGUUAACUGUUUAAAGCAUUUAAUUUAAGUAACAGUAACUUUGUCGCGUUUGUUUCCUUUCUAAGGUACACGUUAAGUGCGGAAAGGUUUUUUCUGGCCUUUUCACUUCCUCAGCUCCAGGAAUUGAGUGCGGAACGGGCUAUAACUUUCACCGAGACAAAAAUUAGAAUUUUCCAUAUGUAUUUUUCUCUCAUUUUAGAGGCAGAGAAGGCAGCUCAGGUGUCAAAAAUUCAAUUCGAUCAGAAAAUUAUGGAGAAAGAAAGUCUGAGGAAAAUGUCGGAAAUUGAAGGUGAGUUGUAUUCUUGGUUUGACGUCAUAGCGUCGGACAAUUCAAACAGAGAUGCUGGCGUAAACAAAUUGAAAGAGAUUUAGAAUCGUGUUCAUGGCAAACGGUAAACGCGAGAUUCAUGUUGGCAAUUUCUCUACUUAGAAGAUGAGUAGGCAAAAAAAAAUGCGCAAUGAAACCUACUGUAAUUAACUGUAGAUGACAAGUUAGAGGAAAGCUUGGUCACGUGGUUCAAUUUGUUACUUCUGAAUCUCUUCAAUCUCUAGAUCAUUUCAUAUAGAGAAAAUUACACAUUGUAGUCGUACAUUCCUCGCCCACCGUCAUCAAAGAUGAAAUGCACACCUAGAAACAGUUUCCGUUUUAUGACAUUACUUUAAAAAACGCUACACUGAGGACCAAUCAAUCAGAUAAAUUAUUUAAAAAUAUAAUGAUUUUAAGGCACUCUUUAAACAUUUUCUUUGCCUUGUCUUUAUGAUUUAUUAAUGAUUUUUUCAUAUCGUUUAACAGAUGGCGCUCAUCUCGCAAGGAUGAAAUCUCGGGCUGAUGCAGAAUACUACACCGCGGUAAAACUUGCAGAGGCAAACAAGGUAUACGUAUAAACAGCAAAGGUUUUUUUUUUUCGACGACCCUGGCGCAAAGCAGUUCUUGGCAUGAAUGCGAGACUAAUGCGGGGAGCUUCUCUACGAAAACACAAAAUUUCGAAUACUGCAGUUGGGUUCCCGGGAGAAGGUAGAUAUGCAAGCUAAACGGAUUUUGUUGUAGACAAAAGCUACAGGAAGAACUGGUUGCGCCAACAGGAAAAAUAUGUAGUUAAAAACCACGAACCCAGCGGGAAUUUUUUCUUCGUUCCAAAUCUUAUUGCUAGAUUAUUUUUAUCUGAAAUGAUUCACUCCUUCCAUCAAACGUCAAAUGACCAGUCCAAUAGCAAAGCGGGACUCGCAACGCUUUCUUGUACGUCAGUCCGCCAUUUUGCCUUUUUGUAGCGCAGACGACGAAAACCAUUUUUUGAUUGGGCUGUGCCACAGGAAGCCCAAAUUAAAAGGUUACAACUCGAACACUGACCUUCAUUAGCAGCUUCCCCCCCCCCCGAGAACGGUGUAGCUGCCAAAUUUGUGAGUCCCGCCAAAUUGACGUUUUUAGUGAAAUGCGAUACACAGAUGACCUUUGUACCAGAAAAUGUUGCAAAUUCGAAAGAACAAGCAAUAAGUCUCUUUCCUCUUCUGCCAUUAAUACCUUAUGUUACCCAUGUAACAUCAAGUCCCCGCUAGGACUAGAAUCAUCCAUGCGUUAUACAUUUAGAUGUUUUGUUUCUCAAUAGUGUGACGGUAACUGAUGUCUUGUAACUGAGCUUACUCAUUAUGUUAUGUACCUCUUUUUCAGCUUAAACUUACACCCGAGUAUCUCCAGCUGAUGAAAUUCAAUGCUGUUACCUCAAACUUGAAGAUAUUUUUUGGCCCUAACAUACCAAGUGUAUUUAUGGACAGCAAAUAUUUUAGUCAGUCCUCUAGCGGCAAGUCCACCGUCAAAGAUAAGAAAGCAGAGGUAGGUUUUAUUUUAAAU